AUGGCUGCAAAAGCUGGCAUAAAAUCGCCGCACAGGCUGCACAGCGCUCCGGUUAUCAUUCAAUUUGUGACGAACAUGACGAAGGAGUGCAAGAGAGACCUGCUGGAGAGGCUGACGAAACUGGGAUUUGACAUUGCAGAAAAUGAGAUCUUCACGUCUCUGACGGCAGCCAGAAAUCUUCUGGAGCAAAAGCAAGUGCGGCCUCUCCUUCUGGUGGACGAUAAGGCCCUGCCCGAUUUCACAGGGAUAGCCACUGAUGACCCCAACGCAGUGGUGGUAGGGCUGGCUCCUGAGCACUUUCACUAUGAGAUGAUGAACAGAGCGUUUCGCCUGUUGCUGGGUUUAGCCCCAGUGAUGUGCAUUUUGUCUGUUGUGAAACGUGCAGAGAAAGGUCGUCUGAACAUCCCACCUCCCCUGCAGCCCAGCAGAGCCUGUUGUGCCUCUGUUUCGUUUCGCUGGGAGCUCUGGAACCCGCUGUCCUUCAGCAGCG